UAUAAUCAUGGAUAUGGAGAACUAGGGGAGCACAGUCACACUUGCGUUGGUCUGCAGACCCAGGCAAUCGAAAACUCAGAAAUGGAAACGUGUGCACCUUUCCGGCAGCAAAAUUGACUCUGCGUUCUUUGCAGCCUCGACUUGAAGGCUGCGCUGGGAGAAACUCUGUGCCUCCGGGAAAGUUUGGAAACGGAACUACGGGAGAGGCCAGACAUCGGGGAUUUUGCGGGCCCUGCGAUGUCUUCCAGAGCUUUUCAAGUGGGGAGAGAAGAGCGACAAAAUGAAAAUGCAACGUAUAGGGGAGCCCGCCCGAGUCCCGCAAGUUGUCGGUCGCAGAGGUACACAGUUGCUCCUAGCAUGACCGUGAUCUGAUCAGCAACCACAAGAAUCUGACUCCCGUGUGGGGUGCCUUAGUGCUGGGGCCUGGUCACCGCCCACAACUCCAGAGCUGCCAUGGCUGCUGCCUCUACGUCCACCCCUGUCAUUUCACAGCCCCAGUUCACAGCCAUGAAUGAACCACAGUGCUUCUACAAUGAGUCCAUUGCCUUCUUUUAUAACCGGAGUGGAAAGUACCUUGCCACAGAAUGGAACACAGUUAGCAAGCUGGUGAUGGGACUUGGAAUCACCGUCUGUAUCUUCAUCAUGUUGGCCAACCUGCUGGUCAUGGUGGCGAUCUAUGUCAACCGCCGCUUCCACUUUCCUAUUUAUUACUUAAUGGCGAAUCUGGCUGCUGCGGACUUCUUUGCUGGGUUGGCCUACUUCUACCUAAUGUUCAACACAGGACCCAAUACUCGGAGACUGACUGUUAGCACGUGGCUCCUGCGUCAGGGCCUCAUUGACACCAGCCUGACAGCCUCUGUGGCCAACUUACUGGCCAUUGCAAUCGAGAGGCAUAUUACAGUUUUCCGCAUGCAGCUCCACACGCGGAUGAGCAACCGGCGGGUGGUGGUGGUGAUCGUGGUCAUCUGGACCAUGGCCAUUGUUAUGGGGGCCAUACCCAGUGUGGGCUGGAACUGCAUCUGUGAUCUUGAAAACUGUUCCAACAUGGCACCCCUCUACAGUGACUCUUACUUGGUCUUCUGGGCCAUUUUCAACUUGGUGACCUUUGUUGUCAUGGUGGUUCUCUAUGCUCAUAUCUUUGGCUAUGUUCGCCAGAGGACUAUGAGGAUGUCUCGGCAUAGUUCUGGGCCGCGGCGCAAUCGGGAUACCAUGAUGAGUCUUCUGAAGACUGUGGUCAUCGUGCUUGGUGCCUUUAUCAUCUGCUGGACUCCUGGAUUGGUGUUGUUACUUCUUGACGUGUGCUGCCCACAGUGUGACGUUCUGGCCUAUGAGAAGUUUUUCCUUCUGCUUGCCGAGUUCAACUCUGCCAUGAACCCCAUCAUCUACUCCUACCGCGACAAGGAGAUGAGCGCCACCUUCAGGCAGAUCCUCUGCUGCCAGCGCAGUGAGAACACCAGCGGCCCCACGGAAGGCUCCGACCGCUCAGCGUCCUCCGUCAACCACACCAUUCUGGCUGGAGUUCACAGCAAUGACCACUCCGUGGUUUAGAAAGGAAACUAACUAAGAUGAGACGCGGCCAUCAUCUACUGCGGGAUGAUCAUCCUCCGCCUUCCCAAAGGCACGGGCAGGGUGGGGUGUGAGAGAGAGGAAAAACACACUCGCGUACUUAAACACUAACCCAUGGCAGUAUUUGUUCCUAGACCCACCAAGACUUGAUGUAUAUUGAAAAAUUAGCUUAUGGGACAUCCCUCAUCCUGCUCCCCGUUCCUUUUGAAAGUAGAAAGUGGAGACCUUGCAAUAGAAUUCAUAAACAGACUCUGGAGUGUCCAUUUACACUACACUAACUAGUCUUCAAAAGAUUUUGUGUGGUUUGGUGCAAGUCAGAAUCAAUUCUGACUAAUUGAAUCCACAACUUCAUUUACAUACAGGCUUCCCUUUUUUUCUUUUUAAAGGUUACAUUUCAUUUAAUAAACAUGUUUAUGCCUAUCAGCAUGCUUGUGAUGGAUAAGACUAUAGACUG